GGAGGCUGUGUUGUUAUAUAGGAGAUGCGCAUGAGACCAUCUCACAGUUUUGACAAGUGUGUGUGUUAUACGAGUAUCGAAAAUGCUGAAGUACGGAACGUUUUUCGCGAUCGCCUUGGCGUUCACCACGGCGGUGCCCACAAAUGUGUUGGAGCUAGACUUAACCCCUGAAGAAGCCCAGAAGUAUCUAAACAGUCCUCCCUUCACAGAACCCAAGUUGGCUGGACGUACUGCUGUUUUACCUUUGAUUCGCUACAACGACCCAAGGUUUCGUUCUGCGGAAGCUGGCCCCACUCUCGGCCACUACUGGAAGAAUGGACACGAAAUUGAGAACCCAGAUGACUAUGUUGAGGAAGUAUACGACGCUUCCCAAUACCACGGCCAAGACGGUCUAGGAGCAUAUGCUUACGGUUACCAGACCCCUGAAUCCUCUAAGGCUGAGAACAGAGUACGUUCUGGUGACGUCACUGGAUCAUACACUUUUAAGGCUGGAACCAGCAAUGACUUGAUCAAGGUCCGGUACUGGGCAGACAGCCAAGGCUUCCACCAAGAGGACAACAUCCCCAAAGUAGUUCUGAAGCCCGUGGAGGAAGCAGAAGAUGUCCGCCAAGCUCGUCUCGCGCACGAGAAGGCGUGGCAGGAGGCAGCCGCGGCCGCGCGCGUACAGCCCGACCCGCAGUAUGUGCACCGGCUGUUACGAGGAGAAUACAAUCCCCAAAAUGACAUCUACCAACCAGCUGCUUCUGAGCAGCAAGGUGCAUAUGUAGCUGCUCCAAGCCAGGCCCGUGAAGGCAAAGCGUAUGGAGGUCAGGGGUCUUACCAGACCGGUCAACAGGCGUACCCUACACAAACAGAGAAAUAUGAAGAGCCUGAACCUACUGGUCCCCCACGUGGUUUCUUCUACGCCUUCAACUACCCAACAUCCAUCCUGGUUGCCAAAAAGGAUCUCCAAGGAGGAUCAAACCCUGGAUAUCCCGUAGACCAAGACACUUAUUCUAUCAACGCUAAACAAUAUUAAUUAUCUAAUUAAAUGUGAAUUAAAUAAACAGAACCUUGCCAGUUGAAAAUUUAUUAAAAUCCCCCUUCAAAACUGACUUUCAUGACAAUUAAAAUUUAAUUGUUUGACAAGUUAAUUGUUUAUAAACAGUGUUUCUAUUUUAGGGAUGUAUUAUUUAGGUGUUAGGGCCCAUCUUCAGAAUGUAGCACAUAGAAAGUUAUAUUACUGUAAUUAAUGUACAAUGAUAUUUUAUUCUUGAUUUCCGGCUCGGUUCGAAAGUGUAACACUAGUGCCAUAUUUAAUGUUAAAUCACAAUUCACAGUUUAACUGUUUGGUUUGUUAAACUCUUGAACCAGGUCUUUGUUUUAGUUACCAGUUAUUUUAAGUGCCAGUGUAUUGAUUUAGAAUAAAUAUACGCAAUUGUA